AUGAGCUCUUACUUUGUAAACUCGUUCUCAGGGCGCUACCCAAAUGGCCCCGACUAUCAGUUACUAAAUUAUGGAACUAGCAGCAGCGCUAUGAACGCCUCGUACAGGGACUCCGGCACCAUGCAUUCGGGCUCUUACGGCUACAACUACAAUGGGAUGGACCUGACCGUCAAUCGUUCAUCCAAUACUGGCCACUUUGGGGCUGUUGGGGAUAACUCCCGGGGUUUCCAGUCUCCCACUCCGGAGACACGGUUCAGGCAGCCGUCAAGCUGCUCGCUGGCGUCUCCGGAGCCGCUGCCGUGCUCCAACAGCGAGAGUCUGGGACCCAAAUGCUCCUCACCCCCUUCCGACCAGAGCGCCUCCACGACGGGCAGUAUCCUCACCAACACCACACAUUUCAAUGAAAUAGACGAGGCGAGCGCUUCCUCCGAGACCGAGGAGGGCACCCAUAGAGCCAGCGCCAACCCCGCCGCCCGGACGCAGCAGAAGCAAGAGUCCACAGCAACCUCCACCACCACGGCAUCGAGCGAUGGCCAAGCACCACAGAUAUUUCCCUGGAUGCGGAAACUGCACAUUAGCCAUGGUAUAUAGCCUACGUGAUGUCUAUCUUUACUAAUUUUGAUAUAAGAAAGGUUGUGUUUUGUGUGUUCGUUUUAUUGGUUAGCGUUUCCUCUGUGGCGCGUGAUGUUGCCUUUAUUUUAGCCAAUUCCACAAAAGCGCCAUAAAUCUGUCAACAGGGUAAGCCUCGCAAACUGAGGGCUAGAGAAUGGAACUGGGUGGGAGAGAGAGGGCAAAACGGCAGGAAGACUUAGAAGUUGUUGUUCCUUUGAAAAGUUACGCUUUAUUAGGUGUGGGAACUUUAUAACUGCAGGGGAAGAAGAACGGCAAUAAAAUGUGGAGAAUGGAGAAAGCCAGUACAGGAAAGAAGAGUGCAAAAAAGUUGAGGGAUGUGUUGAGGACAGUGGCUAUUCAGGAAAAGAAAAUACUAAUGUUGUAACCAAGCAUGUUCUUUGUAAUGGGGAAUAAGAUGCCCAGUAAAAGGAAUGCAUUGAUAGCCUAAAAAAAAUACACAAAAAUACCACAAUACAGCCGAAUGAGGCGUAUAAGCACCAUUUGGCGUAGUUUUAUGUGCAUUGAUAGCCGUAGCCUAUAUCGGUGGGCUUGUGUUGUGUUUGCAAACGUGUGCUGGUCAAAGUUAUUGAGUAUUUGCUUGUGUAAUGCGUUUGGUGGUCCUUUCUCGCUAAUAUUUAUCCCCUUGCGUUUUAUCCAUGCUAUUCAGAUAUGACUGGACCAGACGGCAAAAGGGCCCGAACAGCAUACACUCGCUAUCAGACGCUAGAGCUGGAAAAAGAGUUCCAUUUCAAUAGGUACCUUACCCGGAGGAGGAGGAUAGAGAUAGCCCACGCACUGUGCCUCUCAGAACGGCAAAUAAAGAUCUGGUUCCAAAACCGAAGGAUGAAAUGGAAAAAGGACAAUAAACUGAAGAGCAUGAGUCUGGCUACUGCAGGUAACGCUUUCCAGCCAUAGAGGUCACGCAAGUAAAUAACACACUAUGUGGGGGUGGAAAGAAUAUACAAAAUAAAAAUAGGUUUUAAAAACACUAUAACUGAGUACUGUACAGCGCGGCAUCUUUUGGCAUGUUGUUGAUGUUUUAGGGCAACUUAACUUAUACUGUGGUACUGCUUCUAUAAAAACAGUUCAUGUUCGUAUGUUGUUGUCUUUUUAAUACAACAGUGAUUAUUGUUUGGAGGGGGGAAAAGAAAAAUUGCUAUCAAUGCAGCCCGUUGUUAUUGUUAUAAAUAUCGUUUAUGUGUCAAGUGCUAUGUUACUGCAUUCUUGAAAGUUGGCAUGUGAGCUCUUAAAUGUUAUAACUUAUUUACAAACUAUAACGAGUAUACUUUUGAGUUUACAGCUUUAGAGACUCCUCUGCCCAAAUAUGAAGUCAAGCUAUAGUAGACAGGCCCCUGUAUUGCUUUAGCAGGAGUCUCGGUGAGUUAUAUGUGGUCAUCUUCAUGUUUGCAUACCAUUGUUUGAAUCAUAUCUUUGGAUUUUGUCAUGUGUUUAAAUUACUCAUUUAUUUUUUGAAAAAAAGGGAAACUUGUAUAAAAAAAUCAUGACUAGAAUUCCUGUAUCCGUUCAUACGUGUGUAUAGUUAUAUUCAAAAUGUAAUUGUAUAUUAUUGGAUCAUGCCUAUGUUCCAGAAAGGAUGUAUAUAUUAGACAUUUUUAAUGUGACCAAUUGGCUAUUUGUAUUGGGCAGAGUGAAUGACAAGUGUGUGGGGGAAAAUGGCAAUUGUCAUUUCGGACUGCCUGUAAGCAUUUUGCCAAUAAGCUUUUUGUAUUUGUUUGUAGCUUACCUUGGAGUACAAAAUAAAGUUCCUCAUACUCAGACCAAACCCCUCGAGCACACUACUUGUAAUUAUGUACCCCCUGCCUACCUCACAAACGACCCAGCUGAGGUCAAACACGUAUCAAACU